AUGGAUGGAGUGUUCCAUCCAGGGCUUAUGCGGCGCGCUGGGCAUGCAGCUCGUCGGUUUGAUGAAUACUAUCGAUGCUACCCCGUAGCUAUGAUGCCGGGUCCAGAACGAGAAGCUGCAAAUCACGGAGGGAAGGUAUUUAUGCCAGCGAGCGCCCUGGACAAGCUUACACGACUCCAUAUUACCUAUCCUAUGCUUUUUGAAGUUCAUAACGGCGCGAAGCAGAGAAUGACACAUGCUGGAGUGUUAGAAUUUAUUGCAGAAGAAGGAAAAAUUUACUUGCCAUUUUGGAUGAUGCAAACCCUACUGCUGGAGCCAGGAGAUUUACUACAAAUAAAGUCGACAGAUUUGCCACUAGGACGCCUUAUAAAACUGCAAGCUCAAUCCACUUCGUUCCUAGAUAUCAGCGAUCCUAAAGCCGUCCUCGAAAACGCAUUCCGCAACUUCUCAUGCUUAACUAAGGGUGAUGUUUUCACAUUUUCCUACAAUGAUCAGACAUACGAGAUGGCCGUGCUGGAAACUAAGCCAGAGAACCCUGAAAACGCUAUCUCGGUGCUCGAGACAGACCUGGAAGUGGAUUUUGCGCCCCCGCUUGGCUAUGAGGAACCCAAACGGCCCAGCGGCACAAGUACGCCGUCUAGCAUGACUAGUGCCGGUCUACCACUCGGUGGUAUGCUUCAUCCACAUGGUACGAUGGCGCAGUCAAUCAAUUAUGCCGCUAUCGCACCGGAGUCAACAGACGCAGCUCGAGGAGCAAAGGCCGUAUCCUCUAACUUCCUACAUGGCGGACAGCGUCUCAAUUCAAAAAAGGGCAGCAAGCAGCCUACGCCCAAAGCAUCUACCCCAGUCUCAGGUGUAUCCACAAACGCGCAGCCACCCGCCCCUGUGCGCCGAACGAAUGGCCCUCAACCACUUCGAUUACCACCAGGGAAGCUCUUUUUCGGUUAUGCUAUAAAGCCCGUUCAAAAGAGCAAUGAAAACGGGCAAAAGGAAGGGGAAAAGCAUACGAGUUUCUUAGGGGCCGGGCAAUCAUUGCGAGGGUCGAAGAAAAAGUAAUAGCUGAUUUUUGAACUUACAAACAUUUAAGCGUUGAAAUUAGGCCCAGAUGGAACCUGUAUUUCUGGACAAAUUGCGACUGAGCAGUGAAAAUGAGAUAUGAAGUUUAGCGGGGAGCCAUGUAGGCAUGGGAGCCUUACCAAGUCC